AUGCAGGCUCUGCAGGCAAAUGGCCUCUGCCGUUUGCAAAAAUCAGCAUCGCCUCUUGCUUCUCGAUGGAAUUGGCCGUGCAUUCGACGCGCAGCCGCCAACCUCCCUGCGCGACGAUGGGCAAGCGACGAUGCCCCGACAGCUCCUAGCGCAAAGCCUUUUUACGUUACAACGCCCAUUUUCUACGUCAAUGCCGCUCCCCACAUUGGCCACCUUUACACGACAGUUCUCAGCGAUGUCAUCAAGCGAUGGGAGCAGCUCAAAGGUAACGAGGCCUACCUCUGCACCGGAACAGACGAGCACGGCAUGAAGAUUCAGCGCGCUGCUGCCAAAGAAGGAAUCCCCCCGAAAGAAUUCUGCGACGGAAACUCUACCAAGUUUCGCGAAUUGGCGCAAAUGGCCAACAUCUCCAACGACUUCUUCAUUCGAACGACCGAUCAAGACCACAAGGAUGCCGUAGCCCAAUUCUGGCUCCAGCUGAAAUAUUCGUUGGCGGAAGGGCUUGGCUUGUAUAAGGGCACCCAUGAGGGAUGGUACUGCGUUAGUGACGAGUGCUUCUACCCCGAAGACAUGGUGCAGCCCAGCAUCGUCCCGCAAACCGGCAAGAAGAUUAUGAUCAACACCGAAUCGGAAAACGAGGUGGAAUGGGUCAAAGAAGAAACUUGGUUCUUCCCUCUGACCAAAUACAGAGACGCGCUUCUCAAAUUCUACGACGAGAACCCCGACUGGAUCAAACCUGAGCACCGCAUGAAGGAAGUCCGCGACUGGGUUGAGAACCACCUCGAGGACUUAUCCAUUACUCGACCACAUUCGCGGCUCAGCUGGGGUAUCCCUGAUCCCGAAGACAGCAACCAGACCAUCUACGUCUGGGUGGAUGCGCUGAUUAAUUACAUUACAAAGGCUGGCUAUGGCAGCAAAUGGCAGGUUGGUAGCAAAGACACUGGCAUUUGGCCAGCCGACGUGCAGGUCAUUGGCAAGGAUAUUCUUCGAUUCCAUGCCAUCUACUGGCCUGCUCUGUUGCUUGCCGUUGGCUUGCAGCCGGCCAAGAAGCUCAUCUGCCACAACCACUGGACCAUGUCCAAUCGCAAAAUGUCGAAAUCUCUGGGGAAUGUCGUGAAUCCCGUGUUCGCUAUCCAGCGAUGGGACAUUGACCCUUUGCGAUACUUUUUAAUGAGAAACGGCAGCUUCAGUAAAGAUAUGAGCUACUCAAACGAUACCAUUGCAGGAAUCUAUGUCAAAGAGCUGCAGGCCAAUAUUGGCAACCUAUUCUACCGCAUUGCAAAGCCCAAGGCAAACACGCGAUGGUCGCUGCAAAACGCCGUCAAGGCCUUCCAUGGCGGCAGUCUAGGCACGGUUGCUGAACGCUGUAAAAACGGUACUGAAGAAGCAAAGUAUAUGAGCUUGGAACCCCAUUUGGAUGCCAUCACGAGUCGAUACGUGACAGAAAUGGACGACUUCAAUAUGAGUAACGCUAUCCGCGAAGUUUUCGAGCUGUUACGAGAGACAAACCGAUUCGUGACUGAUACUGAGCCAUGGAAAAUCGCCAAGCUAGAAGGCGAUGAAGCGCAGGAAUUGCUCAACUGGGUUGUUUACAGCUGUGGCGAGGCUCUCCGUAUAUCCGCCAUUCUUUUACAACCAAUUAUGCCAGCCAAGACUGCCCGGCUACUUGAUGAGUUGGGUGUCCAGCCAUCUCGGAGAACCUUGGAAUGGGCGCAUAAAAACAAGGAUGAUAGCUACGGAACUGAGACGGCCAUGGCUGGCGAUGUUGUAGCCAGAACUCACAAGUGGGAUACCAUCUUCCCGCCAACAGCCAGCGCCGAAAUGACGGACCAGGAGGUCUUACAGCUUCUCAAGACUGAACUGGCCUCCAAGACAAGAAAUAAGAUGAACCAGAUGGUUGAACUGCUUGCAUUGGAGGCUAGACUUGGUGAUGAAGGUGUGAGCAAGCUGAUUGCUGAUGCCAAAGUCAAGACUGGCACAUCGUGA